AUGUUCGCUUCGACAUCACAAAGAAACGAUUAUGGUUUACAAGCGUCUUACAACAUUUCGCUACUUAUAGCAAAAUCCGGAAAACCGCAUACUAUCGGGGAGAAGUUAAUUAUGCCAGCCGUUGAAGAGGUUUUAAAAACUGUUUUACACAAACCUGCAUCUAAUAUCAUUAAAAGAAUUCCCUUAAAUAACAAUACUGUUGAAAGGUGUAUUGAUGAAAUGAGUUCUGAUAUUAAAUGCUUCUUGUGUAAUUAUUUGCAAACGACACAUUUCUCUAUACAACUGGACAAGUCAACUUUACCUGGUAAUGCAUUAUUAUUAUUGGCAUUUGUUCGUUUUUUUAUGAAUCAAGAAAUUCACGAAGAACUGCUCUUCGCAAGAACGUUGACAACCGACACUAAAGGUGAAUCAAUAUUUAAUGUUUUGAAGGAUUACUUUAUUGUAAAAGCAAUCGCUUUAUACCAUAUCAGUAGCUACAGAUGGAGCACCUGCCAUGCUUGGACGUUAUCGUGGAUUUAUAAGCUGUUUAAAACAAAGUGUGCCAGGGGUGUUAGCAAUACAUUGCAUCAUCCAUCUGCAACAUUUGGUUGCUAA